AUGGCAAUCUUCAUGACGGGGGGUGGGGGUGGGGGUGUGAUUCUUCCAUUGUGUUUGAAGACGGAACAUUAUAUUCUUGCCCAGGAGAUUUCAGCCAGCUAUAUUCGCUUCACGGGAUGUGGGCUGGCUGGACGCUACAGACAGGAUGAUGAACUAAAAACUCUAGUUAGACGAGCAGCUGUGCUACCAUUGGUGCCCCUUGAUCAAGUGGAUGAUGUGUGGUUUUCUGCCCUUGACGACAACGAAGACAUUAGCGGUGAAACUACCCGACUUAAGGACUAUGUUACGGAAAUUUGGAUUGAGGGACAGCACAUAGCUUUUUGGAACCACUACGACAAUGAUGGCCCACGAACAACAAAUCAUGUCGAGGGAUGGCACAGCAAGGUCAACAAGCUCUGUCAGCAUGCGCACCCAAACAUCUUUGUUGCUGUUCAACUGCUGAAGAAGAUUCAAGCUACCAAUGAAGCCAAGAUAAUCCAGCUUUCGGCAGGAGGUAAACAAAGACCAAAGAAGAGGAAAUACUGCCACAUUGACUAUCGGUUAAGUCAUCUGAAGGACCGGUACAGAAAUGGACAAAUUGAUGUGCUUACUUAUGCUGAUGCUGCAUCUCAUUUACAGCAUUAACAGUGAAAGAACUAGUUACAGCAACUAUGUUGCACACGAAAAGCGAGUGCAUCCA